AUGCUUGGUGUUGAUCUUGGUGGAUCCUUUACAAAGAUAUGCUUUAUUGGAAAAGAUGGAAACAAAAAACUCAUGUACAUACCAACCAAAAUAGAAGAUAUAAAGAACUUCUUCAAAUCUGACGAAUCAGGUAAACUUCAGAUCGAACAAAUCCCUGAGGACAUCGAAAAGAUAUGCAUAACUGGUGGUGGAUCCGUGAAAUUUAGAGAGUUCUUUGAAACUCUUAACCCAAAGCCAGUUAAAGUUGAUGAAUUAAGUACUCAAGCUUUCGGGGCACUUCAUUUACUCAAGGAUAGAAGUAAUGUUCGUGUUCUCGGUCCAGAUAUUCAGAAUUUCACGCCCUGUAUUGUUAUAUCUAUGGGUACAGGCGUAUCAUUUUCAUAUUUAUCACAAGACAAUACAGUUAGACAUGUAGGAGGAUCCCCAUUAGGAGGUGGAUCUUUAAUGGGUCUUUCAAAUUUAUUAAUUCAAGUAAAUGAUUUUGACGAACUCAUCCGAUUAGCAAGCGUCGGAAAUGCCUCUACAUUAGACUUACUCGUUUCAGAUAUUUAUGGUCAAAAUUACGGCAAUACUCUGAGAGCGGAUGUCACUGCUUCAUCAUUUGCCAAAGCAUCAAUUGAAAAUAAAACAGCACCGAAAGAAGACAUUGCAGCAUCACUCUUACAAGCAAUUUGCUAUUCAAUUUCUCGAGGAGCAUCAGCUGUUGGCCGUUUUGAGAACGUCAACUGCCUUGUUUUUGUUGGUGGUUUCCUUUCUAUGGAAGGAAAUAUUCCAGAAUCACUUUACAAAGCUGCAUCUUUAUUUGAUAAAAUUUUGUCUCUUGUUUUCCCAGAAAAUCACAAAUAUGCAGGUGCUAUUGGUGCUGCACUUAAAGCAUUUGAUCUCAAAUGA